UUUUACUCCGUUGAACCAACCCCUUAUCAAUAUAUAACCGGAACAUUAACCCCUUUCCGCGCUGGUCAAGACAACUAAGAUAAUAGUUCUCGGAUCCCCUACACGCUACAGACAGCCACUUCGUUCUCGUCUUCUACAUUCAACUCUUACACUCUUCGAUGGACCACAUGCUUUGUUCACUGGAAUCUAUACUUGAAUUGGAGCUCAGAGCAACUGUAUACAGGUGAAACGCAGAUAUCUGCUUCCAGACAACACUCUUUGACACUGGGAGCAACAUUACUACCGCAGAGUGGUAAAAAAGGGGGUGCGGACAUCGAGUGCAAGAAAAAUAACACGAACCCCCCUUAGCCAUCGAAGACAUCAACUCCAUCGACCAAAACAUCAACAGAACAACGACAACAUCAUCCAGCAACGACCGAAGUUUAUCACUAUAUCAACAAACAAUCAGGCUCCGCAAAUUUGAUUGGGUCAGAAGUUGUCGAAACCACGGCUCUCUUCCGAACCUAAAUAUUGACCCAUUCUUUCCUGCGCGUUCUGAAUCGCGUCAUGUCUUUCGUCAGCUCACAGCAAUCGUACGCCGCCUUCUGCGAAGAAUUUGAUGAAGAUGCGAAUGUAGCAAUUCCCGAGACAAGACGGGUUGCAAACAUUUCGGCCAAAAGGUCAAAGCCGGACCUUCACCCAGUGAUAAUCAGCGCAGACGGAGCCAGCGAUUCUGGCUAUUCAAGCCGUACUGCGGCGACAAUUGGGAGUAGCGGAGAAUCGCUUGCCAGCGGUGCCAGCGGUGCCAGCAGCUCGUACGCUGUUUCUAUGAACAACGCCAUGGCUGGACGAGAUAUACCUCGUGUGAGAUCGCGGGGCGAUGGAGUGGAUAGAGAAAAGCAACAUAGCCGCAAGGCAAAGGAGAGAGAGCAGAAAGACUUGGACGGAAUGAAGAACGAGGGAAUGAAGCCACCUUCAUCACGAGGCUCGAAUCGACCGACCGCUCUUACACAUACACCCAAAACCCGGCGUCGAGAGUCGAUGUCCGCAGGAAGGCAUCCACCCGGAGUGUGUGCCGAAUGCGAUCGCUUUGGAUACCACACUCAGGGCAUGAUACCGAGCAUGAUGGACGCCUCGUCGUACUUCAAUCAAAUCCCUGGGUACGACGUACCACCAUCGCCUCAAACUCCUCGCUACCAACCAAUGGAUAUUGGCAUGUCCAUCACUCCAGCCAUUACACACUCUCGUCGAUCAAAUUCGUCUUCUUACCACCAGCAGAGUCGCCCUGUCAGCUUCCAUCCUGGCAUUGUACCUGAUAUGAACAUGAUGUACAUGGCAGGCGGUCCGUCAGCUCCGUAUGGUAAUAGCCAUGCUGGUCCACCACUCUCUGCCUCAGCCUAUACGAACGCUUACAUGGGCUCGCCUUUCGAUUCAUCCUACACUCAGCCUUCCCCAAUUAUGGGCUCGUCUUACGAAAACUCGUCCCAGGUGAUGAUGCAUUACGAGCGUCCCCGCACGGCAUCGAUGUCUCGACCUUCAUCUGAACGACCAAGACGAGGCUCGGUCUAUGGCCCUCCAGUUGUGGAAAACACUCCUCCUACACCGAGUCAUAUGCCAAACUUGGAUCGCAAGUUGGAACGCCGACCGUCUAGGGAACAACGUGCUCGCCGGCAGUCACGCUCAUAUCACGAUGAAGAUUACUACCGCAUGCCACCUCCUCGCCUUCCAGCAGCCAAGCCAGCGCAACCACAGCCUCCUGUUCAAGUCAUUCCCAUCACUAAGCGACCAACUCCGAAGAAGGCUGUUACCACGCCAGCAGCCACCACUGUGGUUCAUCGUCCCCCAUCAUUCGAUAUGUCUAGCAUGCGCGAAGCACUCCCAGCACCAAGGGCUAACCAGUACCAUCACCAGCCCCCUCAAUCUCAGCGACGGACGAGCCGCAGUACUGCUCGUGAGCCCUCUCCAGAAAGAGGCACGACUCAGGUGAUUGCAAGCACCAGGCCGCGGAGGACUGCUACAUACUACGAUGCUGCUAGGCCUGCCAGAGUUACUGUAGAGGCUCCUCGCCGCCCACGCCGUGUAUCAACAUACGGAAUUGAACAGGAGAAUCUUUUAGAACAGAAGCAACGCGAAGUGGAGGCAUACCAAGCCGCUCGGGCACCAAAGGCGCCGCAGCUUACUACUGAAAUGGUCCGAAAAGCUUCACGUCGUGUCUCCAAGGCCCGGACGAUUCACCAACGCCAGCCUGAACCGGAGCCUGAACCAGAACCAGAGCCAGAGAUCGAAAGCCCAAGCGAAACUGACACCGACACUGAAAGUGAGGAGGAAGAGGAAGAAGAGGAAGAGGAAGAGGAGGAGGAGGAGGAGGAGGAGGAGCCUCCCAUGCAAGUUUACCCUAUGUCUCGCGUCCAUCGACAACAGCCUCGACAGCAGCUUAGACAGCAACAUCCACCAGCACCGCCCGCACCUCCGGCUCCCCCAGCUCCUCAAGCGCCACCAGCUCCAGUACCACUCACAACUGAGAUGCUCCGCAAGGCUGCUUCUCGUCGGCCACCUCCAAUCCCACACAGCGAAACUGAGAGCGACGACGACGACGAUGAUGCAAUUGAAGAUGAUUCAUCAUCUGAAAGCAGUGACUCAGAAGACGAUACCAGUGAUGUCAACACCAAGAAUGGCAGUGCCACUGGCUCCCGAGUUGACGACGAUAGCAUCACCAUGAUCAUCCGAGGAGUUAAAAUUGGGCUAUCUAGUGAUGCCAUUGAUGGGAAGACCAUUAACUUCCGCUCAGGGGAGGAGGGAGGGGUUGAAUUGAACAUUGGCGGACGAAAACGGGAUCGAUAUUUCUUACCACGUUCAGACACUGCUAGCACAAGCAGCCGCAGAGAAGCCGACGACAUCAGGCGCCUACGUGAAGAACACCGCGCCGAACGUGACAGCCGACGAUCCAGCCGAUCAGGAUAUAGUGGACGAGGCCUACUAGAGUAAACUAUUUUGAAAUACCCUUUUUGCUUCCAUGGAUAAGUGCGAGAACACCCCAAAAAUACCAAAAUGAGCAAAACAAUUAUAUAUUCGAUUUAUUUCGGGAGAUACCUAUCCCGUCCGCAUGACUUCGUUCAAUCAACCUAUCUAUUUACUUUUGGGAGGCCGUUUGAUAUACUUUUUUCAGUUAUUUCUUCCAGAAACAAAAGAAUGCUUGGAUAGGGAAAGAGAAAAAAGUCGACGGGAUACA